GAUGAUUAUCGGCAGGCGAAUUGAGUUUUGUGUUAUUAUUUAGUUAUUUACGCAUUAAACAUUUUAAUUUAAUAAUUUGAUUAUCAACUAUAAUAAAGUAAUAGUGAUCAUUCUUCAUCGGAUUACAAUAAGUAAAACAUCACGCAUCAAGUACUACAGUAAUGGGUCAGACCCUUUCAGAACCUGUAACAGACAAGCAGUCGUCAACAUGCCAGGAUUCACGGUUCCUGGUUGGUUCUUCUUGUAUGCAAGGAUGGCGUGUAUCAAUGGAUGAUUCACACACACAUAUUCUGUCAUUACCUGAUGAUCCCGGAACAGCUUUCUUUGCUGUUUAUGAUGGACAUGGAGGUGCUAAUGUAGCAGAAUAUGCUGGGAAACAUCUUCACAAAUUUGUCACAGCUCGGCCGGAGUAUCAUUUGGGGAACAUUGAAGAGGCAAUGAAACAGGCUUUCCUAGACCUGGAUCAGGCGAUGUUGGAGGAAAAUAUGCAAGAAAAAGCAGCUGGGAGUACUGCAGUUGUCGUUUUGAUAAAAGAUAAUACAGUUUAUUGCGCUAAUGUUGGAGACUCUAGGGCUGUCGCGAGUGUGGGAGGAGCGGUAGAACCAUUAUCAUUCGAUCACAAGCCGACUAACAAGGAAGAACUAGAGAGGAUAACGGCCGGGGGUGGUUGGGUUCAACUUAAUAGGGUUAAUGGAAAUCUGGCGUUGUCCCGGGCUCUGGGAGAUUACUUCUUUAAGAGGAAUUACAGAAUGUCGCCACGUGAACAAAUUGUUACUGCGUACCCGGACGUGCAAGUGCGGCAGUUGAAUGAAGACUGGGAGUUUAUAGUUAUCGCCUGCGAUGGGAUAUGGGAGGUUCUCUCCAAUGAGGAGGUGAUAUCAUUCUGUCGCAUCCGACUUCUAAGCGGGUGGGAGCCGCCGGCAGUUUGCGAAGCCCUAAUGCAGCGAUGCCUGGCACCCAACUGUCUCACUGGGGGCUUGGGUUGUGACAAUAUGACUGUCUUGAUCAUCUGCUUAUCACCAUUCCCGGCACCACAUAUGAUGAAAGCUAUACCAGCUGAUCAACUCUUGAGCGACAAAUUUGAGACCAACGCGGAAGAUCUCUUGUAUGCCGAAGAUGAAGAAGAUCUCAAGUAAAUACCUUUAUAAUCCGGAAUAAAAAUAUUUUACACCACCAUAAAAAAUAUCCAAUUAAAUAUACGAAAAUUAUAUCUUUAUGGAAUGAAGGGGAAAUAAUAUUUAAUAGAAUUUUAAUUUGCACUUAGGAAUUUAAGUGAAUUAGCUUUGUAUGCACAUCGAUAGAAAGAGAUAACAUAGUGCUAUCUCUGUCGCACAUGUUCUUAAACAAAAUUCGUACUUGUUACGAAUAUUUGAUGAAAUACUCGCUAUAGGGAAUUGUAUUUAAUACUGUAUAACUAGUCCGUGAAUUAUUAAUAUGAAAAAUUGUUUGGCGUUUGUGUAUUAUGGCAGUUAUUGCCGCGUACUCUGUGUAACCAGCUGCCAACUGAAGUAUUUCCGAAGUGUUCUAAAAAAAAAAGAGCGAAUAAGUCAAUUUUAAUCAACGAGUUGUGAAACCAUUUUUUCUUUAGAAGUUUGAGAGAUACAGUAAGGGCUAGUUGAUCUAGUUCUUAGGGUAGGAAAUUAAACUCCAAUAAUGACUUGAUUCACUAUAAUUUACAUAAACUGUAUAACUUCAGUCAGGAAAAGGAUCGGCUAUCUUAGUUUAUACAUACUCAAAAUUGCCUCAGAUUUCUAGUUAACGACACUUUGUUCAUGUUUUAUUUUUGCCAGCGCAGUGUAAAAUUGUGGUUUUACCAAUUUUUUUCCUACCUCGUUAAAAGACUUUGGCACAUUUGAUAAAUUAAGUGUUAAAGACAUUUAGGGUCUGUGUCACAAUGUACGGAUAAAGUACCAAAUAGCUAUGCAACACAUCAAUUAUUUGGAAGAUAAAUUGUGCUAUUUGACAUUCAUCGGACUCAUAACUUUUGAUGGACUUUAUGUGACGA